AUGAGCUUCCAUGCAAAGGAGGAAGCAGCCGCAUUUAUAAUCGAAAGGCUUCGUGAAACUGAAGCGUACAAGUUCAUUCAAAGCCUUGUCCGAGAAUCUGUGGAACGUAUUAUCAAUCCAGGAGCCCAUACCCGAGUGAAGAAGCUCAGUGACCAAGAAAACGUGGACUCGUACGAAGACGAAGCUGUUGGGAAAUGUUUGGAAAAGUUCAAAUUGAAACAUGGAGCAGUUUUGAAAAGACCAACAGUGCCUACAAAGGAGAUCACCACUCAGCCGAUUUUUACUGCAAAACCUGAGCCUGAGUACGAAGACGUCAAAAAGAGCUUACGCGAUAGAAUUCAAGUUAUGGCAGACGAGUCCGUGAAGAAGAAGGAGGAAUUAAUGCAGAGAGAGGAAACCGUUAGUGAUGAGGAAAUUGAUGAAGAGCAAGAGGGUGAAUCGUCAGGAAGUGAGGAGAAAUCAUCACACUCAUCUACAAUAGAAGAACUCAGCGAUAUCGAGUCGAUCAGUGGAAUCGAUCAAUUGUUAGAAUCGGACCGAUCAGGCAGCAUAUCAUUUUAA